AUGGCCGUGCCAGGAGCCUUCAGCGGAAUGUAUGGAACUCGGGGGUCAGACGGUGGUUACCCGGGGGCACCAGAGGCACGCCACGUGGCGCUGCGAGAGGGUGGCUACUUGCUGGCGCUGCGAGGUGCGGACGAAGGCAACUUCUUACCCGCCAUCGCGGGUGUGCCUUUUCGACAAGGCUUGGACCGAACGGGACGGAGUCGCGUGGGAUUGGCGGAGUGCAUGGUGCUGGCGAGGCCCCUUGGAGAAGAGGGCCAGGAGGACGAAGGCCGCGUGACCUUUCUGCAUGAACCUGCCUUGCAAGGUUGGCUGCCGCUUGGAACAACCUUGGAUGUGGUGGUCCUGGCGCGCGUGAGUGACUUCCUGUUGAGUUUCAACGCCGGCACCUGGUUGCGGAUCCGAAUCAGUGAGAUAGCCAAUGCUUGCGGUAGGCGCAUCAAGAUUGCCCUUACCAAUGGGGAUGCGAAGCAACUGAUGAGGACUUGA